CGCUCCUCGAGCCGCCGAGCAGGAAGGACCCUGAGCCGCCGCUGAACUUUCCCUCAGGACCCACCAUGCCCGGGGCAGCGGCCCGGGGACUCUGAGCGCCGCACCCGCCUUCCCCUCGCAGCGCCGCGGCCGGGUAUUGCACUUAAGCAUGAAUAUUGAAGACAAACUUGGAGGAUUAUUUCUUAAAUGUGGUGGCAUAGACCAAAUGCAGUCACCGAGGGCUAUGGUAGGGAUGGGUGCAGUAUCUGACCAAUCUUCAGUAUCUGGGGAACGGCAAGAGGCAGUGCUUCAAGACCGGACUAUGGCACAUCAAGAAAUUCUUACAACAGAUGAAGUGUUACAAGAAAGUGAGCUUCGACAACAGGAGAUGAUUUCACAUGAUGAACUCAUGGUCCAUGAGGAGACGGUAAAAAAUGAUGAUGAGUUGGAGGCUCAAGAUAGACUUCCUCAAGGGCUACAGUAUGCAGUCAAUGUUCCUAUCAGCGUAAAGCAGGAAAUUACUUUUACUGAUGCAUCUGAACAACAGAAGAGAGACAAAAAACAAAUACGAGAGCCAGUAGAUUUGCAGAAAAAGAAGAAAAGAAAACAGCGUUCACCAGCUAAGAUCCUUACAAUAAAUGAGGAUGGAUCACUUGGUCUGAAAACCCCCAAAUCUCAUGUUUGUGAGCAUUGCAAUGCUGCCUUUAGAACCAACUACCAUUUACAGAGACAUGUCUUCAUUCAUACAGGUGAAAAACCAUUUCAGUGCAGUCAAUGCGACAUGCGUUUCAUACAGAAGUACCUGCUACAGAGACAUGAGAAGAUUCAUACUGGUGAAAAACCAUUUCGCUGUGAUGAAUGUGGUAUGAGGUUCAUACAGAAGUAUCAUAUGGAAAGGCACAAGAGAACUCAUAGUGGAGAGAAGCCUUACCAGUGUGAAUAUUGUUUGCAGUACUUUUCCAGGACUGACCGUGUGUUGAAACAUAAACGUAUGUGCCAUGAGAGCCGUGAUAAGAAACCUAAUAGAAGUGCCACCAAAGUUGGCCUUUUGACAUCUGAGGAAGAUCCUGGUUUCUCUACACCGAUGAAAGAUAGCUCCUUGCCAAAGAAGAAAAGGCAGAAAACAGAGAAAGCAAAGUCUGUGGACAAGGAAAUUGGAGAUAAAUCAGAACAGAAGAAGGAUAAAAAUGACUUCUUGCCCUUGUAUUCUGCCAGCGCUAAAGUAAAGGAUGAAUAUAUGGUGGCAGAAUAUGCUGUUGAGAUGCCACAUUCUUCUGUCAGUGGGUCACACUUAGAAGAUGCAAAUUCUGGAGAAAUACACCCACCUAAACUGGUUCUCAAAAAAGUUAAUAGUAAGAGAAGUCUAAAACAGCCACUUGAGCAAAGUCAGACCAUUUCACCUUUAUCUACAUAUGAAGAGAACAAGGUUUCAAAGUAUGCCUUUGAUCUUGUGGAUAAACAAGGUUUAUUGGACACAGAUGGUAAUGCUGACAUUGACCAAGUUGAUACUUUACAGGAAGGACCCAGUAAACCUGUACACAGCAGCACUAAUUAUGAUGAUGCAAUGCAGUUUUUAAAGAAAAAGAGGUAUCUGCAAGCGGCUAGUAAUAAUAGUAGAGAAUAUGCCCUGAAUGUAGGUACUAUAGCAUCUCAACCUUCAGUAACACAGGCAGCCGUAGCAAGUGUCAUUGAUGAAAGUACCACAGCAUCCAUAUUAGAUUCACAGGCACUGAAUGUGGAAAUUAAAAGUAACCAUGACAAAAAUGUCAUUCCAGAUGAGGUGCUUCAAACCCUACUAGAUCAUUAUUCCCACAAGGCUAAUGGACAACAUGAAAUAUCUUUCAAUGUGACGGAUACUGAGGUGACCUCCAGUAUAUCAAUCAAUUCUUCUGAAGUAUCUGAGGUCACCCAGUCUGAAACUGUUGGAACAAGCUCUCAAGCUUCCUCAUCGGAUAAAGCCAGUAUGUUACAAGAAUAUUCAAAGUUUCUACAACAAGCGUUGGACAGAACUAGCCAAAAUGAUGCCUAUUUGAACAACCCAAGCCUUAAUUUUGUGACUGAUAACCAGACUCUUACAAGCCAGCCAGCAUUCUCUUCCAUAGACAAACAGGUCUAUGCUUCUAUACCUGUCAAUAGCUUUCGAUCGGGAAUGAACUCUCCAUUAAGAACAACUCCAGACAAGUCUCAUUUUGGACUAAUGGUUGCUGAUUCCCAGCACUCUUUUCCCUUUUCAGGUGAUGAGGCAAAUCAUUCUUCCUCCUCCUCUACACAGGACUUCUUGGAUCAAGUGACUUCUCAGAAGAAAGCAGAGGCACAGCCUGUCCAUCAGGCUUAUCAAAUGAGCUCCUUUGAGCAGCCCUUCAGAGCUCAAUACCAUGGAGCAAGAGCUGGAAUAUCACCUCAGUUUAGCACUGCCAACGGACAGGUGAACCUGCGAGGGCCAGGGACAAGUGCUGAAUUCCCUGAAUUUCCCUUGGUGAAUGUAAAUGAUAAUAGAGCUGGGAUGACCUCUUCACCUGAUGCCACAACGGGCCAGACUUUUGGCUAAAAAAAUCUUUGUAAAUAAUAUUGGCACUUUAGAACAGAUCUGUCAAGAGUGGUGUUGCUCUGUAUAAGAUGGAGUGCUGUACAGCUUUUAAGAAUGUUGUGUUAUAACAAAAGUAAGCUGAUAUAGCAAGAUCAAUAACUUCAUUUUUGGUUAAUCACCAGUCAUUGAACUGCCUUACAUGUUGUCUCCCCUAUAAAAGGCAGUUUAUUACUCACUUGUUCGAGACCAGAAACUUGCUCUUUUACAUACACUUAAAUUUAAAACAAAACAAAAAACCCAAGGUAAGGUUUCCUCCCAUAAUAGUUUCCUAUUUGGUUUCAUUGUACAUUCUUGGGAGAACAGUAAUUGUCAUGUUGUCAUUUUCUAAGCUUGUCAGUGUAGUCAUUGCUCUUCAGCAGGGAAUCUAAAUAUACUAAACAGAAUAAACUAAAAGUUUAAAUGUCAAGAGAUUAUGGCUAAACCACAGUGGGGUAUUCUAUAGAAAUACCUUUUCUUCCCUCUCUCUUAAAAUGAAGUAUAUGGCAUAUGCCCUUUAUUUUUGCUUUGCAUUACACUGAGCUGUGUUUUGGAGGAAAGAAGUAAUAAUAAAUUCUUACAGACUAACUCCAUUAUUUAAAAGUUUAAUUAAUUUAAAAUACUUUAAAAACUUUUUUAGCAAAAUACAUGUCUGCUAAUGCAUUUACUUCAGUCCUGAAGUGUGUUGCAUAUUUCUUUGUACAGUUGAACCUAGACAUAACUUUUUAUGAUUCUUUCAGAUGCAGAUAUCAAGAUUUUGAAGUUUUAGUUAAAAUACUCUGUAGAUUACAUUCCCAAUUACAUAAAGCUUACACAAAUUGUGUAUUCCGAGAUUUUAAAGCUUAAUUGUACUUUACCCUGCAUAUUCACAGUGAUUAACAAUGAGCACUUAGAUUCUAUUUGAUAUUUUUUGAUUUCUCAAAGAAUAAAAACUAUUUUAGAUUUUUAGGUCUAAUAUGGCAGCAUCAUUAUCAUCUGAUACAACACUGAUUAUUAUUUUUUAAUAUAAAAUGAGAUUGGAAUUUCUUAGCUUCUGUAAAAACUGGUUUAAUUCUCUCUGUCUAGAACUUUGACAAUUCAGAUAAUUAAACAUACUAAAGCAUCCCAGUAAGCUGAAGAAGUGGGCCUUCUAAUUGCAUAUCUUUUUAGCGAUUUCUUAAUGAACAAUGUUCAUUACAAUUUUACCAACCAAAACUGUUGACUAAUGCUAGUGAACAGAAUUUUUUUUCAGUAUAGAUGAAUGAUCAGAAGCUUUUGUUGCAUUUCACAGUAUAAAUAAACUACAAACUUUCUCUCUGUACCAUGAAUAUGUUUUCUUAAUAGUACUUUGGCUUGAAGUAUACAGUAAGGUACGAUAAAUAGUUCUGUGUGCAUUUUUAAGGUGGUGAGAUUGGAGUAACAUAAAUGUGUUGUGUAGUUUAAGUUAACAAUUUUGAACUUUAUGUUCAUUCUUUUGCACCUUUCCCUAGAGGGUACACGUCAGGUAGUUUAAGGCAGUUUAAACCUAACAUUGUAGGUUGAUUAACCAUUAAGUGGGGAUACAGAUAAGGAUGCAUACAUCCCUUUACAGCACUGUCCCUGGCGGACAUCUCUCAAAUGAAACCAUCAGCUUGGAGAGGAGGUUGAGCUCCAUCGUGCUGAAGAACACCCUCCCCAGCCAGUAGACUUGAGUGGGAGAGCGCAACUUACCCAUUCCCAAAAUAGUAACCACAUUUUAUUGUUUUGCAUCAUUGUAGCUGCAGUAAUUCCCUUGGGCCCAUUUUAGGAAGAAAGUUCAUCUGGAAUCCAUAGACUGCACCUCAAGUAGCCAGGGAGAUCAUUUACAUGAGCUUCCUGCAUAACUCAUUUGUAUACAGUGAGACCUUAUUGCCCUGUGAUGGCCUUAACUAUUCUUAGGAUUUGUUGGCCCAAUGUGCAGCUGUUUUAUGAUGCUGCAAGAGGUUAUAUACCCUACCACUUACUUACAGUAACAGGUCUGAAGAUUUGGCCCUGAGUUAAGUAGAAGAAUAAACAUCCAGGGAGAAAAGCGAAAUCAUUGUACAAUAUUAGUGACACAUAAGAAAACAUCUUUAAAAGAAUAUUUUAACCUGAUUGUGUCCCUUGAAUUUUUUCUACAUUAUUGUUUGAGUCUCCUGUCCUACUUGCAUAGACAUACCUACGUGUAUGGCACCUAACUCACAACAAGAAACAGCCUAUCAUGAAGCAGAUACCUCAUUUCCAUUAAAUAUUACUUCCAUCACAUCCUAGCUUUCACUGUCCCCAUAGAUCUACAUCGGCAUCUUUGGUUUAAUAUCCUACCAUUGCAAAUAUAUGACCAUUUAUUUACCAUUGUUUUAAGAAAAUUCCCUUGGGGCUAGAUUAUUACAGCACUUAGUUGGACACACAGGGAAAUAAGAGGGAGUAAGGCCUACUAGGCCCUGGCCAGAUUGAUGACUGGCUAUGUUGAAGAGGGCAGGAGCUACUCUGCUGAUACUCAGUUGUGAGAAGGGGGGAGGGGACCUUGGCUCCACUCUCUGCACACUAGCCAGAAUAGUUAACUUUGUGCAUAGUGGUGAGUAUGGUGUUUCACACAAAGGGUGAAAUAACUUGCUUCUCCCCAGAGGAGGAAUUAUGGUUCUCUGAGUCACAGUUCGUUCUCUGGUGUGUUCCUGGGGUAUUAGAGUUGUGCUCUUUGACGUAGGGCAAGAUGUAAAGUCCCCACUCUAUCCCAGGGUGAUUAUUUUAUAGAUCUACCGUAUACAGAUAGUUAGAGGGCAUGCUAAUAGUUAAUCAGUGGAAAUUUAGGCCUUUUCUACGUGGAGAAAUUUACCAGCAGAAUUCUUCCAAUAUGAUUUUGUUGCUAUAGUUAUACCAGUAUUGUUCUGCCAGUAAAUUUCCCUCUUUAGAUAAGCCUGUAUUUUUUAACAAUUUCAUCAAUUAAAAAAAUAUUUUUCCCUUCAACAUGUUUUAUUGUUUACAUCCUAACACACACAUGCUUCUCCCCUUUUGAUCUGACAGAUGUUUAUUCUCAUCUGUGCCCCCUAUGUAUUUGAAGGAACUAAAAAUGAAAAUGACUUUUUAUUCACUACAUUGUUCAUUUACCAGCAUUAAGUUAGCACACUUUUGGGAAUAGCAUUUACAUCCCAGCAAGCCAACAAUAGAAGCUCUUACAUUAUUUUAUUGGUUGUGAAAGGUGUGUGUGUGUGUGUGUGUGUGUGUGUGUGUGUGUAAGGUGUGGGAUCUUUUAUGGCUGUUUUUUUCUGUGACAGAGUCAGGAUAAAUGAAAAAUAUAUAUUUUAGAAAAUUGAGGGCAUGUACUCCCAGAUUAUAAUAAUUUUAAAUAGAUAGUAUUUUGGGCCUAAAUUACUAGACAGUAUCCCUUUUAGCACUAGUCCUUUGUUAUGUUUUACCACAAUUAUAACUACUAAUGAAGGAAUUGAUUUGCAAUGGUAUAUUAGUAAGCAUCUACAUUUUCUUGUACUGGUAUGAGAGUGAGUUAAUCAUAAAUGACAAAGUUUGAAGAGGAGGAUAGCAUUGUGUACUACUAUACACUGGUCUUAUAAACAGUAAUAUGAAGAAUUUAAAUCAGGCUUUAAGAUGAAUUUUUUCAUGGCCCUGUGUGUCUCCUGGUGUUGCCUAUGGGAAAAUUAUGGUGCAAGAAGAAAAUACAACCACCCUUAAAUACUCAUUGUGGUUUAACAUUUUUAUUACUUUUUAUAUUUAUAUUGUAGGUUGUCAAUGUUUUGAGAAAGGGCUCAGUUCAGUGAUAAAGGGGAAAUACAAUAAAAUCUUUUUAAUUCGCAGAUUGCUAAUCAAAGCACCCCCUAAUUCUUACACAUACAAUCUGCUUUCUCCCCACUCUGCAAAGUAUUAAUAGUAAAGUACUGUAGUGAGGUCUCACUUUAAUAAGACUAUUACUUCAACCAAGUAUACUACAGAACAUUUAUUAGAAUACUCUGAAGUAGUAUAAUGAAAACUAACUACAGUUGUCGCAAUAAAUGAACGAAGUACAUUUUGUGAUGUGAUAUCCUUGCCUUUGUUUGCUUGCUUACUUACUACUUCUCAAAAUUCAGUCAUUUGUAAUUCAGUCAUUUUCCAAGUCAUUACUGCGCAUUAAUGGGGUACUACUGUGGCUUUUUUCAAAAAUGUUUGGUUUUCCCUCUGAAAAAUCUGGAUUAAACAAUAUAUUCCAUGCUUGUUUUGAAUAUUUUUAAGUUUUCAUCAUGUGCAGCAAAAAUUUUAAAAUGACCCAAAUAAUCUACUCUGAAUUUUGCAGUAUUGCAUUAUUCUGUGUAUGUAAAUUUGCAAACUGAAUUAUCUCAUUAUAUUUUUUUUUUUAAAUUAAUUACAAAUUGCAGGGAAAUUCCUAAUAUUCCUGGGAAUACAUUUGGAACUUUAGCAGGGAGACAUAUGCUUGUGCUAUGGUACUUGAGCUGGUACCAAUACACAUGUGGACUUUCAAAUUAUGUGGUUAAUACUGAGGCAAAAUAAUAAUUGUAUGCUUUAUUAGUGUUAAAAGUUCUACUAAAUGGAAGCCUUGUAAUUUUGAAAGUUCAUUCAUUUUAUGUUGGUGCAUGUUUAUGUUAAGCAUGUAACACAUUAAACUAGAAUUCACUUUUGCAAAGAACAUGUACUAAGAAAGUAUUACUGUUAAUGAAAUACACCUUUUAAGUUUAAAUUUGAACUUUUGUUCAGUUUUAAAUUGCUUUAAGUCAGGGAAAUAAAUUUUAUAGUUGCUUUUGUUAUACUCGGCAUAUAAAAACCUUAUGUUUCCUUUUUAAAACUAUUUCUUUUCUUAGGAUACACAAAUUGAGGCAAGCAAACGUUUCUAAGAUUUGUUUCUUGCUUUCCUUAAUCCAAUGGAUGGAAAGGUAAAAUUGUGUAAACAACAUUAUUUUAUUUUUUUAUGCAAUAUCUUGCUGUAAAUAUGAUUUAUCAAAUAAGGAUGUACGUAUGAUUGAAUCUUUGAUUCUGCACAGUUAGAGUUUAUAUAUAAAUAUAAAUGUGUCUUGACAAUCAAGGACUUAUGUCAGUCUUCCUUUAUGAUGAUUAUUAUUGUUAUGCAUUCCAUUUGUUUGAAUUGAGUACCAAUGUGGAAAUCUGUAUUGUCUGUAAAGUAUGUAAUGUUUUUAUAGCUUGUUUAAAAAAAAAACCCCACAAAAAAUGCUGUAAAUAUAUACAAACUAAUCACAGUACUGCUUUAUGUUAGAAGGCAUAUGAUGUUGUACUGUAUGUAAGCAAUAAUACAUGACAGUGCUAACUUUACAAGUAGCAUAAGGAUAGUUCCAAAAAUAGUUUUGGAGUUAAUAGCCUUGUUUGAGUUAAUCAAUAUUCUUAAUCAUUUUUUAUAAAUAAAUUCAACUGUCCUCCUGUUGGAGUAUAUAACAUUGUUUACACAGCACAAUUUCAGUCACAGAGGAGACAGUCUUUAGAUUUAUGACUUCGUCUGUACACGCUUUCAGUAAGAAAUGAAUGGCUUUACUUCACUUCUGCGAGAUGAGGAAGACUGCAAAAGUUUAGUUUUAAAGGAAUAGAGAUACUUUUCUGCUUCUGUGCUGAUUCCUGACAAUUCUUGUACUUUAAUUCAGAGUCCUUAAGUCCUGAUACUGACCUGGGGAUGUGACUUGGGGCUCCAAUAUAAAGGAAUAGUUCUCUUCAUAAUUCAUAUACAGUUAAAUAGUGAAUCUACAAGUUGUAUGUUCAUUUUAUGUGCUAAUUUUUUAAGUGUGAGCUAUUCUCAACUGAUGAGAUGGGUUUAUUCAGUUAUUAAGGGUCAAACUUACUUUAGUUUGAACUGACUAGGUAUUGGAUAAUAGAGUGUGGCAUAGCUAUUUGGACACAGUCAUCCCUGCUUUAGAAAAAACACAGAUUUAUAAAUGUAAAUGACCUACAUUUUAUAAGAGAAAUGUUUUUAAAUGCUAGUCAGUUAUAUAAUAUGUGCUUUGAAGGAUUUGCUAGUCCACUUCUGUCACUUUUAGUACACUGGUAUCUUUUAUAUGUAAGGUAUGCUUUUUAUUAUUGUAGCAAAACGUUUCAGUAGAAGGAAUUUUGCAACAGUAUGGAGGGAAUUUUCAUUGUCAGAAAUGAAUUAUACUGGAUUUUGUCUGUGUACUCUUGUCUUUAUUUUAAUGCUGUCUGGAAGGGAACUUCAUAUCCAAAUAAAACAGGCGACCUUUUAUUUCAAGGGCAUACUAUGUAGUGCUAAAUUGAGUCUGGAAAUAUGAUAAUUUUGAAUACAUACAUACAUACAUACAUAGUGGAACACUGUAACAGUGCAUUUUCUGAUACAGUGUUAUUUUCCUGAAGUCCAUAUGCCUUCUUUAUAUUUCAACUAAUAAAAAAAAGACCAACACCCUAUAGUUAAGUUUUUGGCAGGAUAAUAGGUUUAUUUCAGUGGUAAUACAGUAUUCUUUUAACCUACACCAUCAGCUCCGUCCAUUUUAUUGUCUGUGUAAAAAAAACAAACUCAAAUUCCGUCUGUAAAAAAAAAAAUGUACAUAAGUAAUAGAUGGUUUUAUAUAAACCUGAAAAGUAUGAAUUUGUAAAUUCCUUAUGUUUCUGAUAGAAAUUAGGAGGUGAGUCUUAGUUCCUGUGAGAUCAGGGAUUUCAGGACAAAGGUGUGUAGGGGGGUGUGUGUGUGUGUGUGUGUGUGUGCACGCGUGCGUGCGCGAGAGAGAGUUAUCAAACAAAAAAGUAUAAAAGGGUUAUUUCAUUUCAAAGCAGUCUCUAAGCAUUUAAAUUUAAUAAUCCAUUCAGAAAGGUGAAAAAUAUUUUGCAGGGAAGUUAUUUAACCAGAAUUGUUUAGUUCUUAGUGUUUGAUCUUGCUCCCAUUCAAGUUAAUGGGAGCUUUGUUUACUUGAGUGGGAAUUUAAAAAAAGAAAUGUGCAUUGUGUUACUCUAAAAUCAAAAGAAUAAAACUACUUGGUUAGCAGGCUUGGCCAAAUGAAUUUUUUGAUUAACAAUACAGUUUAAAAGAUCAUUUUUCUGCCUUUAUUUCUCUUCUAAAAACAAUUUUUAAAAUACUUUAGCAGUUGCUAUUCCUAUUCAUUUGACUGUGAUUGUAAAUUCAAUUUUGCUUGACAAAAUAUGGCAUGAAUGAUUGGAUUGUUGUGCCUGUAUAAUUCAGUGGAAGAUGGUUUUUAUGCAUAGUCAUAGUGAAUGAUAUUGUAUUCUUAGAAUUGAUUUAUUCAUUAAGUGGCUUAAUGGGUUUCAUUGCUUCUGACAUUACUGUUUUCUUAUGGUUAACUUAGCCAUUUUGGGUUUAUAAUACCCUUUUAUGUAUUGUGAUACUAAAGGAAAUUACGUUAUUUGCUUUCAUUUUUAAUUAAUCUAUUAGUUUGAUAAUUUAUAUUUGCAAAUGAUGCAUUUUAAAUGUGGUCACUGGCUGUUUGAAAAAUAAAAAUAUAGAAUACUGUUUUAUGAA